GUGAGUGGAGAUUAUCUCAAGACAGGAGCAGAGGUAUUUGCAUGAAAACAGAUCCCAGACACCUGCACAGUGUUCAGAGCGACGAAUUUCCUAUAUCACGCAACUUAAGGAAACUGAAAAGGAUGGAGACUCUGAAGUGCUGGAUGAGGGACUGGAAGUAUCCCACUUCACUGUUAUGCAUCUAUGGGUUCUUCAGCACAGUCAAGCCUUUAGAACCAUUUCUCAUCCCAUUCCUAACUGGACCAGACAAGAACCUAACCAUUGAGCAGGUAACCAAUCAGAUAUUCCCGGUGUGGACGUACUCGUACCUGGCAGCGCUGGUUCCCGUCUUCCUCCUCACUGAUUGGCUACGUUACAAACCUGUGGUGGUCUUCCAGUGUUUAGUCCUGUUCUCCACCACAGCGAUGUUGCUGUGGUGUAACGGUGUCCCAGAGAUGCAGGCCAUGCAGUUUACAUAUGGAGUGGUGACGUCGUGUGACGUUGCAUACUUCACGUACCUCUACAGCGUGGUGGAGCUGAAGCAUUACCUAAAGGCCACCUCUUACUGCCGGACUGCCCAGCUGCUGGGCUACACUGUUGGGUCAGUGUUGGGCCAAAUCCUAGUCUCUUUUGAUCUGAUGUCCUAUAACAACAUUCUAGUGUUUACGCUGGUCCUCACCGGCAUUGCUUUGAUCGGCUCCAUUCUCCUCCCAAUGCCCAAGACAAGUAUGUUCUUCCACCAAUUGAGGAAUACUAGAGGAGAGACUGAUGGCGAAGGGCACGUUGGGAUUGAGGAGGAUCUUCAGAGCGAAGGCCAAAAAGAUGGCGAAGAGUUGGAUGGAGCCAGAUGGCAGCAGCAAAUACCAGACGUUUCCACAGAAUGUGAUAACACAAGUGCAAAAAGUUCAAAGACAGGUGGCUGUUGUGAUGUUCUGCUCCGACUGUGGAGGGACUUCCUGCAGUGUUUCUCUUCACGUACCCUGCUCAUCUGGUCAGUGUGGUGGGCACUGGCUACCUGCGGCUACAACCAGACGGUGAACUACGUCCAGUCGCUGUGGGAGCAUGUGGAGCCGUCGAGUAACUUCACCGUCUAUAAUGGAGGAGUGGAGGCCCUCUCAAACCUGUUAGGGGCUGCGGCGGCGUACGGUAUCGGGUUUUCCUCGGCGGACUGGUCCCGCUGGGGAGAGGUGGCUCUGAGCGCGCUCUCUGCUCUGGAGGCCGGCUCUCUCUUCGCGAUGGUCUUCAGCUCCAACAUCUGGGUCUGCUACUGUGGCUACAUCGUCUUUAAGAGCCUGUACAUGCUACUCAUCACCAUUGCCAUGUUUCAGAUAGCAGCUGGGUUGAACAUGGAGCGCUACGCCCUUGUGUUCGGAGCCAACACCUUCUGUGCUCUGGUCCUCCAGACAAUCAUCACCUCAGUGGUGGUGGAUAGCGGUGGGCUUGGGGUGGAUAUCGUCACACAGGUGAGGUUACCUGACGCCCUCCAUAUAGGUCAGAAUUACAGUCAUGAUCAGCAGGACACAGAUGCUGACUUUGCAUCGGAUCCAGGACAUGUACUUACAUUGAUCUUGUGUUCUUUCAGUUUACGGUCUACGGGACAUAUUUUUCUAUUAUUGCACUCAUUUUCUUCUUGAGUGGUUUGUAUACCACGAUGUGCCGAAAACCUGAGGCGGAAACACCAAGAGAAAAUCCAGAAGAAAUGUUUAAGGCACAAGAUAAUGCACAAAUCAUCAUUGGAACAAAGCUC